ACACAUUCUCAAGCACACAUCUCUCACCAAGCUCUCUCAACGAAGCCCGCAAUUUGCUACCAUAUCCAUCAUCCAUCCACCAUCCACAAAAUCCACCAUGCAGCUCUCUAUCAAGACCCUCCUCACCGCCAUGACGGCCAUCAGCGCUGUCUCGGCCGCUACCCGCCCGAAGGCUAAUGAGUACAAAGACACUCAAUGCUCCAAUCUCAACUACGGCCAUAACAGCUUCGAACUCCGCGACGUGACUAUGGACGACACAAGCAACUCGGUCUACGUCACUCACGGAGCUCGUCCCGAUGGCGUGCGCAGAUGGUUCUUGGCGUACAGUGGCAAGACUAGCAAUGGUGGUUCAUGUAACGGCGACAGGCUCGGUACCUCGCCUGAGGGCUGUGUCAACCUUAACACUGCUUUCCCUGGACGCAGGAUUAAGUGCCUGCGGUCCAUUGAGGGUUAGGGGGCUUUCGAGGUUGCCAUCGAUGGAAGGGCAGUUUAAGCUAGUACAAAGAGACAAAUAAAUUGUUUGCCUCUG